AUGAAAGAAGAUAUCCUGAGAAGAUUUGAAACGGCAACAGAAACGCCAAUCAGCGAAAGACUACCCAUUCCGAAAAUAAGACAUGACAAAAAGGCAAAAGAAGUGAUAGCAACAGGAAAUUUAGCGACACCUGAUCAAAAUCCAAUCACCAAUAGAGAUGACGGUAACACAUAUCAACCAUCUCUUGAAUGGGCAGACAUAACCCUGGAAGAAACAAAUAAGGCAAUCAAAUUGACCAGUAACUGGAAAACACCUGGAAUCGAUAGAAUUGCAAAUUACUGGAUUAAACAUAUGACAUCACUGCAUGACGCACUUGCAAAAGCAUUUAACGAAAUUAUUGAAAACCCAGAAAACUGCCCAGCAUGGUUGACAAAUGGCACCACCUUCUUACUCCCUAAGCCAGAGGAGACUAAAAUUCUCAAAUGCCUGAGUAUUUACAAGAUCUCACCAAUACUCAUCCAGUUUCUGACCCAGAACAUGAGACAGUGGAGCACGACUCUAAUCUUAAACCACAUAGAGGGCCAACUGAAAUCAAGACCACUUAACAUCAACAGUGGUAUAUUCCAAGGCGAUUCCUACUCACCCUUGCUGUUCAGUGUGGCACUAGCUCCACUGUCAUCACUGCUAAAUGAGACUGGAUAUGGCUACAAUAAACGAUCAGGAGAGAAAAUCAAUCAUCUCUUCUAUAAGGAUGAUCUUAAGACCUACGCAAAGAACGACAAAGAGCAAACAGGCAUCCUCCACACUGUAAAAACCUUUAGUGAUGACAACCGAAUGGAGUUUGGCCUUGAGAAAUGA